AGUCGAAGGUGAACCGUCGGAGUAGCAACUUGGACGUUCGUCCUUUCGUUGCGACUUUCAAUUUUGACAUUGAAUGUUAAUGAUUUUCGGAUAAUCGAUAUGCGUAUAAUAGUACGCGAAAAAUCCCAUGGAAGUGUUUGUGUAUCGAUGUGAUUAUAUGAAUAUUGCAUAAAAAAUUGUGAUUUUGUGCUUUCAUCAAUUAAUGAAGGACAUGAAGAAAAAAUCUUCAUUGACUUUUCAUGUACAAUCGAUCAUAUUUAUCUAUGAUUACUUUAUGAAUCUCACGUGGAUUAUUGAGGACGAUUCUUGAUUGUGUGUGGUCAUAAAAACAGCGACAAUACAAAAAUACUGUAUCUAGAGAAAAAGUUAAAAAGUGGUGGUGAAUGGUGCAGACAAUGCCACGGAUACCUGUCGCGGGAAUACGGAGAAGGUGGAGCAACAAGUAUAUUGAAAAUCUUCAAGAAUCUAGUCCAGAAGUGUCGAGUAGCGAUACGUUUUCAUCAAGCUUUCAAGCAGAUUCGGGUGCGUCAGUUCGUGAAGAAGAUCUUCAACUUUGGGAUUUGGAUCUUCAUCGAGGACUUAAAACAGAAUCUAAAACUGAUCAUUAUAGCACCAUUACCACCAGCGCUGCAGAAUUAGUUAAUAACGAUCAUCCAGCUUCACCUUUCUCUGCCACCGUUCAAGGAAGGGAUGAACUAUCUCAACCAGGUUCAAUAAACGGUUACGGAAAUAAUUCAGGGGGAAGUGGCGGCGGAGGUGGCGGAGGUGGCGGUAGCAGCAGUGGUGGCAGCGGUGGCGGAGGCAACGGGGUUGGAAGUGGUGAAGGAGCUGAUGCAAAGAAAAGAAAAGGUCCCACACCUCGACAACAAGAAGAAUUGUGCCUUGUAUGUGGCGAUCGUGCGUCUGGUUAUCAUUACAACGCCCUUACAUGCGAAGGCUGCAAGGGUUUUUUCAGACGAAGCAUCACUAGGAACGCUGUAUAUCAGUGCAAAUACGGCAAUGGCUGCGAGAUCGACAUGUAUAUGCGCCGCAAGUGCCAGGAAUGCAGACUAAAGAAGUGUUUAACGGUUGGCAUGAGGCCGGAAUGUGUUGUGCCCGAGUAUCAAUGUGCGGUAAAAAGGAAAGAGAAAAAAGCGCAAAAGGAAAAAGAUAAACCAAACAGUACGACAAUGAACGGUUCACCGAGCAGCGCUGGAAUGGGUGAUCAAAUGGGCGUCAAAAUCGAACCAGCGGAAGCCGAGUCGUUAUCCAUGUCCGGAAGUAGCGGCAUUCUUACUCCUAUCAAUCCUUACACCUGCGUUAAGCCUAUUAGUCCUGAACAGGAAGAACUGAUAAAUAGGCUCGUGUCUUUUCAAUGUGAAUUCGAACAACCGAGCGAAGAGGAUCUGAAAAGAAUUACUAAUCAACCAAUGGAAGGCGAAGAUCCGAGUGAUUACAGUUUCAGGCAUAUUACUGAAAUCACGAUUUUGACUGUUCAAUUGAUCGUCGAGUUCUCAAAGAGAUUACCUGGCUUUAACGAGUUGUUACGUGAAGAUCAAAUCACUCUGUUGAAAGCAUGUUCUAGUGAGGUGAUGAUGCUACGGAUGGCAAGAAAGUAUGAUGUGACAACCGAUAGCAUCAUUUUUGCUAAUAAUCAAUCGUAUACACGUGACAGUUAUAAUGUUGCCGGAAUGGGAGACACCAUUGAAGAUCUUUUGCGAUUCUGUCGACAAAUGUAUGCUAUGAGAGUUAAUAAUGCCGAAUAUGCUUUGCUCACAGCUAUUGUCAUCUUUUCAGAAAGACCCAAUUUGUUGGAAAGCAGAAAAGUGGAGAAACUUCAAGAAAUCUACUUGAAGACUCUGAAAGCAUACGUGGAUAAUCGUCGUCGACCGAAGUCUGGUACGAUCUUCGCUAAACUUCUAUCAGUUCUAACCGAACUCAGAACCCUUGGUAAUCAAAACAGUGAAAUGUGCUUGAACCUGAAAUUUAAGAACAAGAAGCUGCCACUUUUCCUCGCCGAAAUCUGGGACGUGGUGCCCUAGUUUCCCUGUCGCCGAUUAAUGGCGAUAGCGCCAGUCGGCUGAAUAAAUCUUUUGACGUCGCAGUAGCAGCAAUAGCAACAACGACGUCGAUGGACGCAUGGACGUGGAAAACGGCCUGCGUAAUUCUUAUACUAGUGCACCAUUAUGCCACUGCCUCAACAUCGCAAGUCAACAUAUUGUAUUAGUGCUAUUUUAGAUUUAUUUUGUUCUUUUUUGAUUGACCAUCUUUAGUCACCUUAGAUUGAUCGAUCCUUUAUUAUAUGGCUUGUAAGGCAAGCAUAUGUAAACCAGUCCCACAUUAUUCGCGUGAGACUUAUGUGUGACGCAAAGAAAGUUAUUGUAUUCUUUAUAAAGAUUCUUUGUAGAUUUAUGUAUAUAUGAUACUGCAAAAAAGGAAAGUUAUAAAUGUGUGGAAAUGAUAAAUGAUAAAAUACAUUUAAAAACAAAGUAUUGAUCAGGAUUCACAUAAUUAAAUAUUUGUGAUUAGAGAGGUUUGAUCCAAAUCAUUUGAUCCGAUUUGAAAUCGAUUAAUCAAAUAAAAUAAAAUACCGAAGAUAAUGAGAUAAAUAUUCUGGUGCGCCAGCAUUACUAGCGUUUCAGCAUCUAUCUCACGCUUCACCUUCUUCAUUUCAUUUCAUUUUUUUUCUUCAUUUCAUUUUCGUAAGAGCAUAGAGUGAGGGAAGAGUUUAGGCUUCGGAGCUAAAAAUUGGACAUACCUGCUUUAUACUUUAUUAAUGAUUCAUAAAAUAUAAUGAUGUAUCUUUGUGAUUCAUGAAACUGUCGAUUUUUGUAGAUCUUUUGUAGAUAGCCAUUUAUUAAAUCUGUACUUUCAUAAUUUUCAUGUAUUAUGAUUAUUUAAAUUGAAACAGUUAUACUUACUUAAUCAUAUCAAUAUUUUUUUUUAUUCAUAUAAUCGCAAAUAUUAUGUCGCUUGCGUUAAAUUUACGUGAACCGUGUGGGAUUGGUUCAAAAACGCGGAACAGGAAAGGCCUCGCACAUUAAAGAUACACGCAGAAAAUUAAAGAUACACAUGUUCCAAAUAAGAGUAAGGAAAGGAAUGGGAAUAAAAAUAUUUCGUUGUAAGAAAAAGGCAGUGGCGCGGCCCAGGCUGUGAUAUAUAGAGAACAGAGGUUGAAGGUAUAUAAAGAAAGCUACCUGCAAUUUACAUUUUAUCGCUAUUUCCUCUACCUGGAUACAUCCUUACACACAAUCGAUAUGUAAAUGUAAUGUAUUAUAUAAUAAGGUAUUGAUAUAUUUGAAGAAUGUGUGUUGUCACAUUUGUCAUUCAUGAGAAAAUGAAUAGCAGCAAGUACGGUUAAUAUAAGAAAGGGGAAAGAUAGAAAGUUAUGUUGGCAGGAUGAGACUAAUUGUAAAAAAUCGUGAUUGAUCGCGAAGAAAUGAUUUAAACAAUCGCCGAUGUUGCUGAUGAAGAGCAACAAAUUCGAAGAUUAAAAUCUGUAGUUAUCAAUAACAGCAUUUUUCCAGAUAUUCAUCUUAAAAAAAAUUAAAAGGAAUGAAGUCCUUAACGUAUAUAACUGUUAAGCAGCUUCGCAUAAAUGAAACGCGAAAAAGAAAAAGAAAAGAAAAUAGAUAUGAUAUAUAUAA